AUGGCGUACGUGCGGGGCACACAAGCGCCCAUGGACCUCACUGAGCCCGGGCCACGCCAACGUGCGUUGUGUACACUUACAGCAGCUUCCAUAUUUGAUGCGCCGAUGGACACCGCGACCCCCGAUGCAUCGCUGAUGGAUCUGGAUCCCGACUCGCCGGCGGUAGAGCCGCCGUCAUCUGCGCCGCCCGUCACCAUGCUUGGCGCGCCACCGCCGGCAGAACGGAGUAUACAGCCUGCACCGGCGAUCCAGGAAGUCGGCUCGGAUGGCGGCCAUCUGAUGCUGCGACCGGCGCCAGGUUCGCCGCAUGUGCGCGCGCCCGAACCUAGUGAGCCAGUGCCGUUGCCCAAGCGCACUGCCCCUAGCGUACUUGAGCGUCCAGAGCUUCUGCUCACAUACGCGCAGGUACUCUUCAAUGCCAGUAUCAUAUUUGUGUUUCUGUACCUGCUCUUCAGCCUAGUGUGGACGAUCCAACGCGACGUCUCGCAGAAGGUGCGCGAAUACGAGCUCGCGCAAGCACCUGCGCUGUCGGAGCUGUGCGAGUCAUGGAAACGGUGCUCUGCACGCGAUCCCACCGUGGUGGGACGCGCACGCGUUACGGCAGAGACGUUUGCCGAGAUCCUCAACGGCUUUGUGGAUGCCGUCAGCUGGAAGACAAUGCUAUUUUCGCUACUUACUCUCUCGAUUGUGGUUGGCGCGACCAACUCGACCCUCUCCUUUUUCCGUGUAAAUGCGCGGCACGCGCAUGAAGCUCCGCUGCCCGAGGCAGCAUAUGCAUCGGCGUAUCCUCCCUACGCGCUACCGCCCGAUUGGGACGGUCGUGCGCCGCUGCGCCGACGUGUUCAUGACGAGUCUGCCACUAUACCCUAUCGCGCUAACGAGUCUUAG